AUAAGAUACAUAGAAAUGUUUGUCAAUGCAGGAAAGCUCCUCUACUUUUCUUGAGGAGCGGAUCACUAAAGUCCAAGAUCCAGUGGCUCAGUAUAGAUGGAGACCCAAGAUCCUGUUGGGUUAUUCAUAAUCAUUUGCUCCAACAAUAAGCAGACAAGGUGCUUUGACCAGAAACAAUGCUUCCUGAGUAACUUCUGCUGAAGUGAGGUGUCCAUGAGACAUGGCUUAUAGGCAUUUCACAGUUGUAUCGUCUUAUGCGGAAGCUGUCUAAAGAUUUUCUCUCUUAACUCUAGACACGUCUGAAUUUACUUUCCAGAAAACAUGCACUCCUUUCAGUUACUGUGUUCUCUCCUCCUCUGCAAUGCCCUGGUGGUAGCUGCCCAGAGAAAACUACAGAAGGAUCCUGAGCAGGAGGAGGAGGAGAACGUCACGCGGAUAAGGAUGCCUCAAACUCUCUCCCGAGGAUGGGGUGAUGAAAUUGAAUGGGUUCAGACAUAUGAAGAAGCUUUAACUAGAUCAAGAAACAGCAAGAAACCUCUGAUGGUCAUCCACCACUUAGAAGAAUGCCCUUAUAGCCAAGCUUUAAAGAAAGCUUUUGUUUCCAGCCCAGAGAUCCAAAAGAUGGCUCAAGAGGAUUUUAUUAUGCUUAAUCUGGUGCAUUCGAGCACAGAUGACAACAUGGCCCCCGAUGGCCACUAUGUCCCUAGGAUCCUCUUUGUUGAUCCCUCUAUGACAGUUCGAGCCGAUCUGACAGGAAAGUAUAAGAACAGAAUGUAUGCAUAUGAACCAGAAGAUAUUUCAAACUUGAUUGAAAACAUGAGACGAGCAAAGACACUUCUCCAUACAGAACUAUGAACAAUGGGCCUGACCAGAUCUACACAUGCCAGGGAAGUGGACGGACUGUACAGCAAAAGGGCUCGACAACCCUGAUAGUGCAGAAAACAUGAAAAUAUAAAUCUGGAAGUUUAGUGGCAUUAGUGCAUUUUCAAAAUGUUCUGUACAUGGUGGCUGAGGGAUUAGACUAGAAUACAUUCAGUCUUCUCUGAAAUAACUCUAUGCCAAAGUCAUACUUAUGUGAACCCUGUGUGCUAUAUGGGGAACAUCUUAACAGUCCACUUCUUUCUUGUAAGUAACUGUUUAUUUAGGAAGUUAGCAGGUUUACAAAUCACUAGACAAGCAUCAGGAUUCUGUUUUUACUCAUGUUUACAAGCUAAUGUCUUUCAAACUUAAUAUUUAAAAAAGUGUCAAAUGCAAUGUUUUUGGGGGGCCAGUUUACUUUAAUUAUUGAAUAAAUGGUA